CCGGACCCACAGGGCGACGGGCAGCCGGGCGCUGCGCCGGCAGCUUCCCGCGGGCUCAGGAUAAUACAUUGGUGCACAGUUGAGACAAUGGAGUCCAUGCUGAAUAAAUUGAAGAGUACCGUUACAAAGGUAACGGCUGAUGUCACCAGUGCAGUCAUGGGCAAUCCUGUUACCAGGGAGUUUGAUGUUGGCCGACAUAUUGCCAGUGGUGGUAAUGGUCUUGCUUGGAAGAUAUUUAAUGGAACUAAAAAAUCAACAAAACAGGAAGUGGCUGUUUUUGUCUUUGAUAAGAAGCUAAUAGACAAGUAUCAAAAAUUUGAAAAGGAUCAGAUUAUUGAUUCUUUAAAACGAGGUGUUCAACAGCUAACCAGGCUUCGACACCCUCGACUACUUACUGUUCAACAUCCAUUGGAAGAAUCCAGGGAUUGCUUGGCAUUUUGUACGGAACCAAUCUGUGCAAGUUUAGCUAACGUUCUUGGCAGCUGGGACAACCUACCUUCUCCUUUACCAUCUGACAUUAAAGAGUACAAACUUUAUGAUGUGGAAACCAAAUAUGGUUUGCUUCAGGUUUCUGAAGGCUUGUCAUUUUUGCAUAGCAGUGUGAAAAUGGUCCAUGGAAAUAUUACUCCUGAAAAUAUAAUUUUGAAUAAGAGUGGAGCAUGGAAAAUUAUGGGCUUUGAUUUUUGUAUCCAGUCAACAAAUCCAUCUGAACAGGAGCCAAAGUUCCCUUGUAAGGAAUGGGAUCCAAACUUGCCAUCCUUGUGUCUUCCAAAUCCUGAAUAUCUGGCACCAGAAUAUAUUCUGUCUGUGAGCUGUGAGACAGCCAGUGAUAUGUAUUCUCUAGGAGCUGUUAUGUAUGCAGUGUUUAAUAAAGGGAAACCAAUUCUUGAGGUCAACAAGCAGGAUAUUUAUAAAAGCUUUAGUAGACAGCUGGAUCAGCUGAGCCGUUUAAGCUCCAGUACUCUUCAGGAUAUACCAGAGGAGGUGCGUGAACAUGUAAAGCUACUCUUAAAUGUAGCUCCAGCAGUCAGACCAGACGCAGAUCAAAUGACUAAGAUACCAUUCUUCGAUGAUGUAGGAGCAAUGACACUUCAGUAUUUUGAUUCAUUAUUUCAAAGGGAUAACCUUCAGAAAUCACAGUUUUUUAAAGGGCUACCAAAGGUUCUGCCAAAGCUACCUAAGCGUGUUAUAAUUCAGCGAAUUUUGCCUUGCUUGACUUCUGAAUUUGUGAAUCCUGAUAUGGUACCCUUUGUCUUGCCUAAUGUUCUCCUGAUUGCUGAGGAAUGCACCAAAGAAGAAUAUAUCAGGCUCAUUCUGCCUGAUCUUGGUCCUGUUUUUAAGCAGCAAGAACCAAUCCAGGCAAGCAACAUGAUCUUAUUGAUCUUCCUGCAAAAAAUGGACUUGCUUCUAACCAAAACUCCACCAGAUGAAAUAAAGAACAGUGUUCUACCAAUGGUUUAUAGAGCCUUGGAAGCACCUUCAAUUCAGAUCCAGGAGCUUUGCCUAAACAUAAUUCCCACAUUUGCCAAUUUAAUAGAUUACCCAUCAAUGAAAAAUUCAUUAAUUCCAAGAAUUAAAAAUGCAUGUUUGCAAACUUCUUCUCUUGCUGUCCGGGUAAACUCACUAGUGUGCUUAGGCAAGAUUUUGGAGUAUUUGGAUAAAUGGUUUGUGCUUGAUGAUAUUUUACCUUUUCUACAACAAAUUCCAUCCAAGGAACCUGCAGUGCUAAUGGGAAUUUUAGGUAUUUACAAAUGUACGUUUACUCAUAAGAAGUUGGGAAUUACCAAAGAACAGCUUGCAGGAAAAGUAUUGCCCCAUCUGAUUCCUCUUAGUAUUGAGAACAAUCUUAAUCUCAAUCAGUUCAAUUCUUUUAUUUGUGUUAUAAAAGAUAUGCUUAAUAGAUUGGAGGCAGAGCAUAAAACAAAACUUGAGCAACUUCAUGUCAUGCAAGAGCAACAGAAAUCUUUGGAUAUAGCUAACCAAAUGAGUGUGUCUGAAGAGGCAAGAUCUAGUAGUACAAGUAGUCAGAUUGACAAGGUAUUUAAUACUAGUGGAACUGACCUUCUAACUAGUGGAUCUGAUAGCAGAGAGAGUGAGAUGUCAUCAAAACAGAAAAAGGCAUCACUUACACUUGAAGAGAAGCAGAAGUUAGCUAAAGAACAAGAACAGGCACAGAAACUGAAAAGCCAGCAACCUCUUAAGCCACAAGCAACUGCAAUAACACCUCCAGUGAAGCAGACAAAAGACUUGACAGAUACCUUGAUAGAUAAUAUGUCACCUUUGACUAGCCAUUCUAUCAACAAAGCUAAAGUUGCAUCUUCAAGCAGCUUCUCUUCUGUCCCUUCUAUGGGUGUUGGAAUGGGAUUUUCAUCACCUAUUGACAACACGAAGAGAAAUAUAACAAACGGACUAAAUACUAAUAUGGGUUUUCAGACUGCUGGAUUCAGUAUGGGAGCUGGUCCCACCACUCAGAAUUUCUUCAGUGGUCCAAGUGCAACAGGAACAACCAAGAUGAACAUUGUACCAACUGCCAAUAUGCCAAAUUACAGUCCUAUGAAUGCUGCAUCUCCAAUCUCUCCACUGACACAACCAAACAGACCCCCAGAUAUGUCUGCUUUAGAUAAUCUUUUUGGUCCUCAAAAACCCAAAGUUAGCAUGAAACAGUUGGCUCAACAAAAAUCAAGCCAGUGGGUUAAUCAGUUUGUACCCCCGCAAGGGUCCCCAAGUGCAAGCAGUUCAGUCUUGGGACCUCAGAUGAACAUGAUAGGACAGCCUGGCUUUGGUAUACAGGGUAAUCCUUUCUUUGCUCCUCAGAACUUUGCACAACCAGCAAACACAAUGACAAACAGCAGCUCAGCUAGUAAUGACUUAAAAGAUCUUUUUGGGUAAAAUGUUUUCUUCUUUCAAAGAUCGAUGAAAUUUGGAUCAUGGGUAAGCUGAUUAACAUCUUUUUUUGAUUAGUAAAAGCAUGACUUGGGGAAACUUUCAACCCACCGAAGUAAAGACUUUUGCACUGGAAAAUAGACUUGAUUUUGCAUUCACCUGGUACUGCAGUGGAGUUGCGUAAGUGCAAAGUCAUCUUACGUGCUACAGAUUUUCUGUCUCUUUACCGAACAUCAGAGCACUGAAGGUAGGAUGCAUAUAUUCAAUCAAAAAAGAAGCUAAGUAUUUCAGAAUUAUUCAGAAGUGUACUCAGUCAACUCCUGUGAAAUUUCCUACAAAAUUUUGUUUCUUAAAUUCAACAAAAAUGCUUAGGGGGUGAUAACGCCAGUCAACGCAGUCCUGCAGCCCAGUCCUUCCAGUGUCUGCUAAAUUCUUAUUGAUGAUUUGUGUUGCCUGAAUUUGGCACAAACUGUCAUUUUGCCAUAUGACAGUUUACAAAACGUAAAUUCUUACGCUGCCUCAAAAAGUUUUGUCAGCCAUGUUACAUAGAAAGAUCUCUAACCAGUAACUGUGUAAGAGGCUAAGAAGAGAAAAUAUUUUGUAUUUGUUCUCUUAUAAGAGAAUUAAAAUUAAUGUGGUAGUAAACUACAACAAGAUUCAGGAGGCAUAAGAAGUUUUAAAAUUUUGUGCAAAUUUGGGACAGAGUAAGAACACUGCUCCAAUGGUCGUGCUGGUUUACAACCUGUUUUAUAAUGCCAGAUCCUUGUUACCAGCCCCAUAGCAAAAGCAACAUACCACUUAAGCAGGAUUUUAAAAUACAUGUGGUGGCUUGAUCACAUUUAUUAUAUAUUCCAGUGUUUUGGCUAAUUUGAUACUGCUUCUAACUGGUGUGAAAAAAGAUUAUGAGUAGUUAUGGAACCUCCUAAAAAGAAUGUUCUCUGUAAAAUUCAGAUGAUGAC